AGAAACGACACAUAGACAUGGUCGUCGUCUAUAUUCAUACAUGUGGCGUCGAAACACUCUCCUUUCCUUUUCAGUUCCCGGUCGUCCUCUAUAUUCCGCCCAAUUUCCUGUGUUCACAUAAUUAUUAUCAUUUCAAUGGCGGAAACUUCUGCUCUCUGUCUCCCACAUUUCUCUUCAAUUCCUCGUUCCAAGGAUUCCAAUUCCUUUCUCUCCACAUCAUUUUCCUCCUUUGCUUUUCCGUCCAAAUUAUCAUAUUCGUGUUCUACUCGAUCAAUCCCCAAAGCUUCCAAUUCUAGUAACUUCUUUGGCGACGAUGAUUCCCUUGGCGGCGGUUUCUUUCCCUGGUCUGAAGGCGAUGACGGUAUAGAAUGGGUUCAGGAAGAGAAGGUCACUUUGUUCACUGCUGAUGGGCUUGUCCAGAUUGGAGGUUCUGUGGUUCCUCGGGUAGUUAGCUCUUCAAAUAAGCAAGGUAAGUCGAAAAUCCCUCAGAGAUUUCAACGAUUUCAAGAGAGUUCUUAUAUGGACCCAAAACAAGGCUUAUGUUUGGGAGCACUCUUUGACAUUGCAGCCACAAAUGGACUUGAUAUGGGCAGAAGGCUUUGUAUCUUUGGGUUUUGUCGUUCAAUUGAGAUGCUAAGUGAUGUUGUUGAAGACACUGUUUUAGAACAUGGUGGAGAGGUUGUUGCUGCAGAGAAGGCGAUCAAAGGUGGGUUGCAUGAAAAGCUAACCAUGACAGUUGCAGUACCAUAUCUCUGGGGGGUUCCUCCUGCAUCAGAAACACUUCGCCUCGCAGUUCGGAGCGGUGGAGGGAUUGUAGAUAAGGUAUAUUGGCAAUGGGAUUUUUUGUAAAUCAAGUAAGAAUUCCUUUUAAUUGCCAAUUGCCACAUUGUGUACAUAUAAUUGUUCUGUUUCUGUGUACAAAAUUCAAGGUUCUGUAUAUUUCAUGUAAAACUACAUAUCAAUGUUAAUAUCUAAUUGAUUAUUUUUAA